AUGGAUUCUUCUUCCAAACGUAACAUCAAUAGCAAAGAAGAGAUGAAGGAUAUUUCUGAUGCCAAUGGUCAGCCCCUUGGGUUGGUUGGGAAACUUGUUCUGCUCGAAGAGCUAGACCGAAGGGAUCGGGAGAAAUCUCGAGGGACAGCCACUGAUGGUCAACACCAACCACAACCAACAAAACCAACAAAACCAACACGACCUAGGCCGGUGGCAUCCUCCAAAAGUACUGACCCUGCCAAUUGGAAGACAGCAAACAAAACUACUAGUAUAACCAAAACCGCAGAAGGCCGUCAUCCCAGUCUUGACAUGUCGGAGAGCAACAACUCCUUGAUUGGCAUGACUGGAAAGAGACUCAUUCUAACACAAGAGUUGGCAGAUGCAGUAGCUAGCCCUGUGGAUAGUACAAGAGCAAGGUCAAGCCUACAGGUCUCUGGAACCAAUCAAAUUACUGGGAUGACGUCAACGGCACCCCAUCAAUUUCCAGGACAGGACAAUGUACAACAAAAUCAGCAGGUUCUGAUAGGUGCAGUGGCAGUACGAGGGGCUACUAGAGAAGAACAAGAUGUAUCCUCAGGUACCAACAUUCCCGAUCUGGAACAGCAAGCUGUUGUUCGUGAUAAUCAUCAUGGCAAUCGUAAUGCCGGCCUGGUGGUAGCAGAGGAUUAUUUCAAACAUGUGGGAGAAACUGGAGAUGAUUUGGAUGUUGACCUUGCUCAAUUCUUGCUAGAGACAAGGCAGAGAGCAUUUGAUUGGAUUGUCAAUCAGGAUCCAAUGCAGUUGGAGUAUGAUUCUCCCAACUUGGUUCAGCGGUUUCUGCUGGUGCUCUUCUACUAUCAGACUACUAGGCAUCAACCUUGGAAGGUGUGCAACCCAGCAGCAAUUCCCCAAGGAAGCGCAAGUUCUGGUUUCUGUUAUAAAGCUCAUCAUGUCUCCGGGGAGAUAACAACGGACAUAUGGGGGGAUCAGUGGCUCUCUGCCAGUCAUGAAUGCAAGUGGGCUGGAGUUAUCUGUGGAACUGUGCAAUCAGAGGAAACUACAGUUGCUGAGCUACGCCUUGCACUGAUUCAUCUUAAUGGCCCGCUUCCCUGGGAGAUCACAAGAUUGUCACUGCUGAGGGGCCUACGGCUCAGCAGCAACAUGCUGACUGGAACGCUGCCCCCAAGACUCUUUUCCAAAAAAGCCGGUUUUGCCCUGGAAACUCUUGGAUUGUCCUCAAAUCAAAUUUCUGGCGCUAUCCCUGCAGAAUGGGUUGCAAACCUUCUUGAAGGAAAUGGAGAACUUGCCUAUCUUGAUCUGUAUGGAAACACCUUGACCGGGAAAAUUCCAUCAGAGUUGGGUCAGCUCCCUUUGAAAAGGCUCAUACUAGCAACCAACACUCUCACAGGUUCCAUUCCACAAGAAAUAUUCAACCAAACUUCUCUACAGUGGCUCUUUUUGGGUAAAAAUGAUCUCACUGGGACAUUGCCAAGUGAAGCUGGAUUGCUCACUAAUUUGAAAUACCUGAACUUGAAUUACACACAAAUUUCUGGUACCUUGCCCUCAGAGAUUGGCCUGUUAAACCAGCUUGAGGAUCUCAUACUCUCUAACACAAACAUGCAAGGGACAAUUCCUGAAGAACUCUUCACAGGACUUGACAAUCUCUGGUUCUUUGGCUUGGAUGGUUGCAACUUUACUGGGACCAUCAGCUCAUCUGUUGGUCUUUUUCAGACGACGCUCCAGCACCUGUACCUAGCCAAUAACAACUUCCAUGGCACUAUUCCCAGUGAGAUUGAGGCAUUGACACUAAUAAGGGAGCUUCUGGUGAAUGGGAAUGAUCUGUCUGGCACAGUUCCAGUCUCUUUCUGCCAGAAUCUUUUUGCUGGGGAAAAAGGUUCCAAGGUUGUGGCUGACUGUUUGCCCAAUGCAGAAACUGGAAUUCCUGCAAUCCAUUGUCCUUCUGGUUGCUGCACCAGUUGUUGUGACAAGACAGGACUUUGCCUCUCCACUUGA